GGAGCAGGCAGUGCACUUCCGGGAUGAAGAUACUGACAGGCCUGAAACCUUUCGUGGCUGUGAGCUUUCCAUGUUCCAGAAGCAUUCUCUCCUGAUGUUUCGCCCACAUCUGUGGCACAGGCACCUUCACAGGUUGUGAGAUUGGCUCAGAAAUGGCGAAUAAUAAUACGCCUGCCUUGGUUGUGAUCAACAGCAGCCGAACAUGCAAAGCUGGAUUUGCGGGAUGUGAUUCCCCAAGUGUUGUCUUCCCCUCCGUUGUUGGGAGGAGCCGUGGGGCAGAGAAGGACGUCUAUGUGGGAACGGAAGCCCAGAGCAAGAGAGACAUCCUCACCCUGACGUACCCCGUGGAACGUGGAUUCGUCACCAACUGGGACGACAUGGAGAAGAUCUGGCACCAUACUUUCUACAAAGAGUUGCAAGUCGAACCCGAGAAGCACCCGGUUUUGCUCACCGAAGCGCUCCUCAACUACAAAGCCAAACGGGAGAAGAUGACACAGAUCAUGUUUGAGACCUUCAACACACCUGCCAUGUAUGUGGCCAUCCAGGCGGUGCUGUCUCUGUAUGCCUCGUCUCGAACCACCGGGCUGGUCCUUAAUAUAAGAAACGAUUAUGGUGAAAUCGUGCCCAUCCAUGACGGUCGUGUCUUGCAACGUUCUCUUAUUCGCUUCUUCAUGUGUGGUCAGGACCUGACGGACUAUCUCCUGAAGAUCCUCACAGAAAGGGGCUACAGCUUCACCACUCCGGCAAGGAGAGAGGUGGUGAGGGACAUCAAGGAGAAGCUCUGCUACGUCGCCUUGGAUUUUGAGCAGGAGAUGGCCACCGCUGCAUCCUCCUCCUCGUUGGAGAAGAGCUACGAGAUGCCGGACGGGAAGGUGAUCACCAUCGGCAAGGAGCGUUUCCAGUGCCCUGAGGCACUCUUUCAACCCUGUUUGAUGGGGCAAGAGUCAGGCGGCACCCAUGAAGCUCUGUGGCACACCCUCUGGAAAUGCGACAAAGACCUCCAUCCAUAUCUCUACACCAACACGGUACUAGCAGGUGGGAGCACCAUGUUCCCAGGCUUUGCGGAGAGGAUGCACUCAGAGAUGACAGCCCUGGCUCCAAAGAACACGAAGAUCAAUAUCGUCGAUCCACCCGAACACAAGAACUCAGUCUGGAUUGGAGGGUCCCGCCUGGCUUCUCUCUCCACUUUCCGGGAUAUGUGUAUAAGCAAGGAGGAGUACAACGAGGUUGGCCCAUCCAUUGUCCAGCGCAAAUGCUUUCACUUUUGCGCGUCUGACUAAUCGCAGAUGCAUUGGGCAUGUUCCCACUAUCUUGGAUAGUCUUGGUCCUCCAACUGCAACUAGAAGACUUAGAUAUCCCAUAUCUUGCCAUUUGGAGUUGCUGUGACAUGAUUCUUCCAGCAAACAUUGAUCGUACAAUUGUACUAGAGGAUUUAUAGGUUGCUAGAGAGGGCUUCUCCAGAAAAAAAUAAAGUGUAAAUAAUAAUAAUAAUCAUAAUCAUCAUCAUCAUCAAAGUGAAGAACCUGCUUUGAUUGAAGUCAAAAAUCAGAAACUCCUUAAAAGACAGCAAAGAAUCAGUACAAGAAAACCACACUACAAACUAGAGCUGACAGCUGGCACAACAAAACACUGAAUGGAAAGUUCCUUGACAAAAUUGAAGGAAAAGCUGACAAGGAGAAGACCUGGUUCUGGCUCAUGAAUGGGACUCUGAAGAAGGAGACAGAAGGCCUGAUCCUUGCAGCCCAGGAGCAAGACAUCAGGACAAAGGCAAUUAAGGCCAAGAUUGAAAAAUCAGCUGAUGACCCAAAAUGCAGACUGUGCAAGGAAGCUGACAAAACCAUUGAUCAUAUCCUCAGCUGCUGUAAGAAAAUCGCACAGACAGACUACAAACAGAGGCACAACUAUGUGGCCCAAAGGAUUCAUUGGAACUUAUGCCUCAAGUACCACCUCCCAGCAGCAAAGAACUGGUGGGAUCACAAACCUGCAAAAGUAUAGGAGAAUGAGCACGCAAAUAUACUGUGGGACUUCCGAAUCCAGACUGACAAAGUUCUGGAACACAACACACCAGACAUCACAGUUGUGGAAAAGAACAAGGUUUGGAUCAUUGAUGUUGCCAUCCCAGGUGACAGUUGCAUUGACGGAAAACAACAGGAAAAACUCAGCCGCUCUCAGGACCUCAAGAUUGAACUUCAAAGACUCUGGCAGAAACCAGUGCAGGUGGUCCCGGUGGUGAUGGGCACACUGGGUGCCGUGCCAAAGGAUCUCAGCCGGCAUUUGGAAACAAUAGACAUUGACAAAAUUAUGAUCUGCCAACUGCAAAAGGCCACCCUGCUGGGAUCUGCACGCAUCAUCCGAAAGUACAUCACACAGUCCUAGACGCUUGGGAAGUGUUCGACUUGUGAUUUUGUGAAACGAAAUCCAGCAUGUCUAUCUUGUUUGCUGUGUCAUAAUAAUAAUAAUAAUAAUAAUAAAAAUAAUAAUUUUGUGAUAUGAAA